CUCAGGUUCUGUCUGCAGAGGGGCUGGAAGUGGGCCCGGAAAGCGAACGGCCAGACCCCCAUGGCGGUGUUGCUGGUGUUCCCGUCCCCCUUGCCGAAGCUCCGUGGCUUUCUCCGAAGCUGCUGGGCGCAGCUCGGUGGCCACAGUCCUCCUUGGGCUCCUGCUUUGGCUGUGCAGGCUCCAGCUUCUUUGCUUGAACCUGUGGAAGAAAAAACUGAAAGUGAUGAGACUCCAAGCAUUUUCGACAGCAUAUUUUGGAUGGCAGCUCCAAAGUCAAGGCGGACUAUUGAAGUGAAUCGUUGCAGGCGACGAAAUCCUAGGAACCUUAUAAAGUUAAAGAAAAACAUAGAUGUCUGUCCUCAGUGUGGCAACUUGAAACAGAAGCAUAUUCUUUGUGGCUAUUGUUAUGAAAAGGUUAAACAGGAAACUUUUGCCAUAAGGAAGCAAAUAUGGGCUCAGGAAGGCGGACCACAUAAGGCUCCCACUGUGGAGACGAUUGUACUGUAUGACGGAGAGAAACCCAGAGAUAAAGAUGAAGGCAAGCGGAUCAUAGAAAGAAACAGGAAACGUCCAUCUUGGUUCACACUGGACUGACCUUUUGGCACAGUGAAAUCUCCAGUUACAAAAUACAAAGAAGUUUGUGAUAAUACACAAUCCUAAAAAGGAUAAUUAAAAAAUGGACCAUUACCAUACAGUGUCAUUGUUACACCUUGUAUUUUAUUCUUUCCUUAGAUCUUUAACAUUCAAUCAGAAACUAAUUGUACAUUUGGAAUAUACCUGGAUAGCUAACUUAGCUACUGUGAAUUUAGUUGAUCAUACCACAGUAUUAAAGUUGGCUGGCAUUUUGCAGGAGUGAAUCCUUACUUCAUACGUCUUGGUGUCAUGUUACACUGCGUAUUUUAGGUUUUUUUAACCUAAAGCAUGAAUUUAAAAUGCAAUUGCAGUUCAAAUAAAACACAUUCAGAUUUAUAAUGA